AUGCAGAGUGAUCUAAUGAAUCAGAGUGUAUGGAAAACAAAUCCCAAAAAUGAGAUACAUCGAAAAAUUCCCACACUAUCUUCACAUGCCUUUCACAUUUGCACAUGGGCCUACAGUGAUUUCUGGUUCCUUUCCAUCUCCAAAUUUGUUGGUUCUACUAACAGAUACAGUGUCCGAUCCGUCAGCUUUCCAGCUAGAUCACAUCCAAGCACGCUUAAAAUGGAAGAGGAGCUCCACAAGCUUAGGUCUUGGCAAGGAGCUUCAUCAUCAAAUGCUCAAACACUUUGCACCGGUCUAUUUGGACUGGCAGAGUUGUAUAUUUGCAUAGAAGAUCUCCUGAAUUUGCCCCUUAUCCAGCAAGCUUUAGCUCAGCGUCACAAUAAGAAAUGGGACAAUGAGGAUGCCAUUUUGUCAAUGAAACAAAGUGCUAGAGAACUUCAAUCAGCUCUUCGACGAAGCAAGGGAGGAGAGCUAACCAUUGAGAGUAAUAUCAGUGCUUACAGUUGCUCUAGGAAAACUAUGAAAAAGGAAAUUGCAAAUUCUCGCAUCAUUGAAGCAAAUAGAUACCAUAUUCAGGGACUUUCCCCGAGAAGCAAGCUUGAUCACUGCCUCCAUCUUUCAUUCCCUCUGUUAUUCCUGUCUCCAUCAUUCUUUAAGCCAAAGCGUUCAAAGUGGUCAAUGGUUUCAAAGUUGGUGCGGAAGGGUUUGACAGCAUGUGUCGAUGUUGCAGUUAGCAACUUACUACUGCAGCAGCGUUCAGAACAUGACUCUGAGGAAAAGAAAAUUCAAUGUGCACAGGUAAAAUUGGAAUCUUUGGAUGCUAUCUUUGAAGGUUUUGAAGAUGGAUUAGAGUGCUUGUUGAGGAGCUUGAUUCAUACUAGAGUUUCUCUCCUAAAUAUACUUUCUCAUUAGAGUUUGUUCUUUCUGAAAUAAAAAUUUAUAUCCUCCAAUCUAUUGAGAUUUGAGAUGUGGAUCUACUCC